AUGGGCAUCGUCGUCGGCAUCCUAGGAGAAGUUGGAGCAGAUGCAGCUCUAGAGGCAGCAGGAGAGGCGGCAGCAGAGGCCGCAGCUGAGGCAGCAGCUGAUGCUGCAGCAGAGGCCGUCGCUGAAGCUGUGGCAGAAGCCGCUGCUGAAGGAGCCGGUGAAGCAGCAGCAGACGCUGCAGGAGAGGCGGCUGGAGAGUCUGCCAUAGACGCUGCACUGGAAGCGGCAGUUGAUAAGAUCGUGGGAAAAGGUGGAAGUGUAGUCGUUAGGGAGGUUGUCAAGGGCAUCAUCAUUGUCAAACUAGUGCAAGAAAUGUUACAGAAGAUCCUCAGCUAUGUUUCCAGUAUUGAAAUCGGCAGCACUGUGACUGAUACACUGGAAGUAAUACAAACAGCACUGAGCGAGGCUAAAGAGAACGUCGACCAAUGGAACAGCCAACUCGUCAAGGCCAUCGAGGCUGGCAAGCUAAAGGAAACAGUGAAAUUGCCAGACGGCGAGGAGGUGUCCGUGGGUCGCAUAUUCAGUGCUGAGAUGAACAGCACGGUGUCUGAAUUUCUGGAGAAAGCUCGCCGAGCCACCCUCAAGAUGUCCACCACAACAAAGGACAAGAAGGACAAUAAAGACAAGAUUACUCAGUCCGUCAAGAGUGCCAAGGAAGAUUUCCUCACAGCAGCCGAGCCAUUCCUGGAAAUCAUCAAGGUUUGGGACAAGAAGGAUGAUGCAAUCAAGAAGGAGGCUGGCAUUGACUUCAAGGUGGCGCAGUUCGAGAAAAACCUCUCUGCCAUUCGCAAUUCGGGUCUUUGA